AUGCCGGACCCGAUCACCACGACCUUCAAGGUUGGCGAUGUAGUGCCAUUCCAUAUGCUACCCGGCCUCAUUAUCGUCUCGUAUAUCGUCAGCCUUGUCGGUUCUGUCACCACAGUAGAACUACUACACAGACGAAAGACAGGUGGCGGAUGGCUUAGCUGGCUGCAAUUAGCGGCAUGUUCCGUCUCCUUCGGUCUGGUCGCAAUCUGGUGCAUGCAUUUCGUAGGAAACCGCGCCAUUAUCCUCGGCGAUGGUUGCCAGGAGAUUCAGCUCUACUACAACCCGAGCUUCACCGCUCUGUCGGUAUUCCUACCCAUCAUCUUCUUGUUCUUCGGCUUUGCCCUGGCCGAGCGCUUCAAUCGAUCGAAGACGGCAAUGUACUCGUCUCUAGUGGGAUCCGGUACUGCGGCUGGUCUGGCCAUCACAGGCAUGCAUUACGUCGGCAACUUUGGCACGCGGAACUACAGCUUAGCCAACAACACAGGCUACAUCGUUGGCGCUGCCGCUAUAGCCGUCGUCGCUUGCUGGGUUGCGUUGACCGUAUUCUUCCACUGGAAAGAGCACUGGAUCAAUAGCUGGUGGAGAAGAGCGCUAUGCGCUUGCGUGCUUGCCGGAGCUGUAUCCGGCAUGCAUUGGACGGCUACCGUCGGGACAACCUAUACACUUAAAAGCUACCACACCGGCAAUGGUCAACACAGGAACACUAACCUUAUCAUCGCUAUCUCAAUGUGUCUCGUUGCUUGCCUAGUCAUGUUCGUCAUCAUUUGGUUUAUUCAGCGCCGCCACAAGCAGCUUGCGGACAGAGCUCAACAUGUUGUAUUGGCAGCGGCUACUUUCGAUCCAGACGGCAGGCUCUUGGUGACUAACGAGGGUCUCCUUCCCACGAAGGAGAUUACGCGACAAUUCAACCAGCGUUCUUUCGAUGACGAAUUCAACAUCGCACAUCCCGUUUUCCAGUGGAUCUACCGGGUGAGCAAUCAUUGGCAGAGUGUGACUGAACUCAUUCCUGCGAUGCGCAACCAUCUCCGCUCUAUCGGAAGCCUAAAGGACUCAUCGCUGCCUGGAAGCCACGAUUCCCGCUCCGGUUUCGAGGACUAUAGUAGCGACGGUGACUAUUCCCUGAUCUUCCGCGAGCAUUUCUGCGUGGCUGCCGCAGAGCUCGCGGAUCACGUGCACACUCCGUUGCAGAGAAUGGGAAUACUCUACGACCAGAUCAUGAUGACCGGCACUCUCAAAGCUGAAUUCAGAGGCGGUAUGAUGCGGCGUACCCCUAAAGACUCCGCUGCCGCCGACAUGGAAUCUGGCAUCAAAGUUCCAGCACUCUUUGGAAGAGGUCAACUUCUUUUUGUGGUUCGCCGUGUGGAUCGCAUAGAGGCCGGCAGGCUCAUGUCCAGCGGCUACCGUUUUGCGAGCAUGGAACAGGUGGGCGAUAUCAUGGCGCGUGCCAUGCAGGUCCCUCGUGCUGAGCUUGCAGUAACUGUCAACGGCCUGAGAACAUUCACUCAACGAUCUGAGGAGGCUUCUCCGGCACCGGGGACCUACCUGGCUUGUUUCGCUUUAAAACCGGCCGUCAAGACGUCCAACGGCAAUUGGGACGUUCUUGUAUUGAAAGAUUACCCGAGUCAAUUACCGAAAGUGCUUCUGUCGGAUAGGCCGUUGCAGCCGUGGCAACUCCAAGUCAUGAACGGUCUCGAUGGGUUGACAAUUAAUCAAUGCAUACAGCGGCUGAGCUCCGUGGGCUCUGACUCGCAAGUCGAUAUCGAAAAAGCAUUCAUCCGGUCUGUUCAUCAACAGACCUUGGCGCUGACGCAGGUCAUUCCUGAGCCUUUCUUCCGUCAGGCCGUGUUCUCCGCUACGCCUGUAGAGAUUUAUAGCCAAGGCUCCAACGCCUCCACCAACAGAGCCACCCUGAUGGCCUUCUGCGUUAUUCCGGAUGUCCAUACAGCCUCGAUUCGUUCGACAUCUAGCUUGGUGUACCUGCCCUGGAGUUUCUUCAAGUGUCAACAACGCUGCCACAAGGCUUCGCCUGACCACGGCGUUCUUGCACGCAAGAUCUAUACAGAGUUUGGCAAUGUUCUGGCGCAGCAGAAGGAAAACGACUCCUUCAGCUCAUCGCGUAGGGACAGCCUUGCCAAUCAGCCGAAUCCAAGAAUGACCAGAUUCUGGCCGUUCUCCUCAAAGACGCGCAGCUUCGGCGCGGGCAACAACUUCAAGCCGGACAACAUCUCCGAAACAGAGCUCGUCGAGACACGGAGCCACCACGAUGGGGACGGCGGCCACGGGUUCGGCGGCAUCAUGGUCAGCCAGGACGUUACCGUCGACGCCGGCACCAAGGAGGACUCCCGGAUCGAGCUACGCGACCUAGGCACCAAGACCGAGGCUGGUGUCGCCGCGACUGAGAUGCCGAUUUUUGCGGACAAGCUGUUCAGCAUCACGAGUGCUAGGUGGCAGCGACCCUAG